UCUUUUCCUCGCGCGCACCCCUCGCACUGUCCAUCUGCCAAGAAAAAUUCUUUUCCAUUUCUAGCGAUCAUCGUCUGGAGAGCCGCCCGUUUGCGCUUUCGCUCUUCCUGCGGCGCAGCAAACGACGUACGGCAUCGUCCCCUCGUUGUCAUCAUCGUCGUAUUAGUCGUUGCGUAGCCGUCGCCGUCCUCGAGAGGAAAAUAUCCGCAGCUGCGCGCACUCUGCUCGGCUGCUAGAUAUUAUCCUCCUUUUUUCGUGAUAACAGAGGGAACAGGAGAAGUCCUGCUACGGGCUUCGACAGGCCUCUGCGACACUCUGCAACAUCUGCAACAGGUAUAACAUCCAAAGAUGUCAGUAACCAACAAUAGCGGUAAAAAUUUACCAAGUGACAGCAGCAACAAUGCGUCAAAUACCUGCAUCGUCUGCUACAAGAAUGUGGAAUACUACAGCAUUGGUAUGUGCGAGCACCCUGUAUGUUACGAGUGCAGUACUCGAAUGAGAGUACUCUGCCAGCAAAAUGAGUGUCCAAUCUGUCGUCAAGACCUACCCAAGGUAGUUUUUACCAAGGAAAUCAAGCCUUUUCGCUUUUUGAGAAAGGGAAAUUUGGUUGAUUCAAAAUAUAACAUCUACUUUGACAAUCAUGAAGUACGAGAACAGUUUCUAAGGUUAUUGGCUCACAAGUGUUCAGUCUGCGAGGACAAUCAAUUCUUUAACUCAUUCAACAGCCUUAAGGAGCACAUGAGGAGAAAACAUGACCUUCACUAUUGUGACCUUUGCGUUGAAAACCUCAAGAUAUUCUCUCAUGAGCGGCGCUGUUAUACGAAGGCCGAGCUGUUGCGGCACCGACGGAAGGGCGAUUUGGAUGACAAAAGUCACAAAGGCCACCCGCUCUGCGAAUUUUGCGAACAGCGCUACAUGGACAAUGAUGAGCUGUACCGACAUUUGCGCCGUGAUCAUCUUUUCUGUCACUUUUGCGAUGCGGACGGUUUGCAUCAGUAUUACAGCUCGUAUGACUACUUGCGCGAGCAUUUCCGCCAGGAACAUCAUCUCUGCGAGGAGGGAGGAUGUGCCGACGAGCAGUUUACCAGUGUAUUUCGUACCGACAUCGAUCUCAAGGCACAUAAAGCCAGUGUUCAUGGAAGACAGCUGGGGAAGGCUGCGGCCAAGCAAGCUAGAACAUUGGAGCUUGAGUUUACAUUGGCACCCAGAGGUGAUCUUAGGAAUAGAAGAGGGCCACCCGGUGCGGCAAGAAGUUCAAGGGAUUACGAGGGUAACAACCACUCGCGAAACCACCACCAUAGGGAGCACCAACGGGAGCCAGAGCCAGAACCUUAUGUUCCAGAGCCGGAAUUUGUACGCCAGCCCUUGGUAGAUGUACAAAGCACCGAGGAGUUUCCAACGUUAGGCAAUGCCACGCCGUCCCUCGUUUCAAGCAGCCUUGGUCCUGCGAAGGGCCGAAGCAAUCUUACGAUCCGAGGCAGUCUACGCCAGGGUAACUACAACGAGAACUUUCCCGCCUUGGGACCUGAGGCUUCGUCCAAUCCUUCCAAGUCUGCGUCUGUGUCGAGUUCUGGGCCGUCGGCUGCUAAAACCUUGAAUUUCAGUUUAUCGAGCUCAAAUAAGGCGUCCACGGUUGUAAGACAGCAGAGCGCUACUCCCAAUUUAUCGAUCCAUGUCAAUCAUAGGCCAAACGGUACAGUAACGACGCGUUUAUCCGGUGCGAAUCUACGCAUUAGCAGUAGUAGUAGCAGCAAUAGUAACAGGAAUCCAGCGAUGUCCUCGGGAUCUCAGCCGCGCGACCUAGACUUCCCAGCGCUGGGACGUUCGGUUGGUAAUCUGGCCGGUCAAUCGGCAACAGCUCUUUUGAGCAGUCAGCCGCAACCGCAGCAGCAACAGCAAUCCUGGACAAAAAUCACCUGUGUCAAGCCCGCAGCCAUGCCAAAAGCUAAGAAGGUCGCACCCGCACCACAGCUCGGACCAGCACUCAACUCUGGGGAAGACUUUCCUAGCCUUGCCAAAGGGUCGACAACGACUGCCAAGCCACCUUCUGCUACGUGGGUCCAAGUCCAAUCUUCAGGUACGAGCAACGAUUCGUCCAUAAUGACGGAUGCGACAAAAGGCAAAGCCAAAAAGAAAAAGAUGAAACAGCAACAACAGACAGCCAGCAAUGGUAACGCUUCGAGUUCGGAUUCGACUUCGAAAUCUAAUCCGAAGAGUAAGGAUCAGGAUCCAAGCAAGAAGGACAAGAGUAAAUCCAACAAUAAACAGAACUCCGAGCAAACUAGCAGCAAUAACAAGAUCAACAGCACUAAAGUGUUGAACCACGUUGCUGAGACAUCGGCUCCCGCACCAGCGCAGCGCAAACGAUCCGAGCUCAAAAUUGAUAGUCUUAAUACCACAAACAAUAAUAAUUUAAGCGUCGAAGCGAAAACCCCCAAAACAGCCUCGACCAUGCCUGACGACUUUCCAGCAUUGGGCAGAAACCUAGGUCGUCCUCCAGGUUUGUCGAGUCCACCCCCGGGUUUCACGGCGGCUCCGCCGCCAGGUUUCUUAAGUCGACCGAAUGGUCUGACAUUUACUAACAGCUCUGGCGAGAGCUAUGCCAUUGUACCUGAGGAAACAGAGCGAGAUCGCUAUGCCUACCUGCCGCCGGCCAAUUUCCAGCGGCGCAACCAAAAUCUCAUCGCAGAGUUUAACAAUUGUUUCGGCGGCGAGGAAAGCGAGGAACUCAAAGCCUUCCGAUACCUAAGCGGACUCUUCCGCACUGGCAUCUGUGAUGCUGACCAGUACUACAAGCAAUGCCGAACAGUGAUGGGCGCGGAGUCGUUUAAGCGCCUGUUCCCAGAACUAUUAGCUCUACUACCGGACAUUGAAAAACAGCGCGAGCUGUUCGAAGUGCACCGGCGCGAGACAAACGCAGGCGCCCGGAUUAAGGGUCUUGAGGCCUGCGCUAACUGCGGACAAAUACUGCGCAGCUCGGAUCUCCAGGCGCAUGCCACUAGUCACACUCUUGAGAACCACUUCCCCGCGCUGGGCACGGGCACCGCCACCUCCUCCACUGGUGCAUGGUCCAAGAAGUAACUCGAUCACUCUUCUCGAAUUUUGUAAAGAGCCUUACUGUUGUACCAUUAAUUAAUCGGGUGAUUAGUGCCGAGUGCCUGAGUCCCAAGCUUGUUGCUGAUGCGAAGGACUUAUUAAGUCCAUGCUCAUUCUCGUGUUCAUUUGAAUAUGCAAAUAUAUUUUUUUACUCGGGCUAUUUUCACUGAGGUCCGCCAAUAAUGUCGAUUGUUUCUUUGUGCGCGCAACGAACGUAUGUAUGAUUUUACGUAAAAAUUUGCUUUUAUGAAUGAAAUUAGCACAAAAAUUUCGAAAUUAAAUUAAAGAUAUAAUUGCUCACAUAUAUUUAAAGGCUGUUCAUUUUUAUGAAUCUAAAUUAAAUUGCCAAGUCUAUUUUUUUUUAAGAUGCAAAAUUAAAAAUCUCAUUUAGGGAUCUAUGACUGCCGUCUCGAAUGAAUGAAAUUAAAUUUGCUAAUUUUUAGCAACAAAUUAGGCACAAGAUAAUUAUUAUGAGUAGAUUGUAUUGUGGAAUUUUUUUAGUAACUCAGCCAAUCCGGCAAUAAGAUUGAACAAAGAUGUAAAAAAUUUUCCAUAAAAUAAAUAAAAAUGUAGACUAAACAAACAAAGCAACGAUGAAGGAUUUAACACUUAAAAAUUAGCAACUUUUAUCAAUUGACCUCUAAGACAUGAUUUUUUAAAAUAAAAACUGUUCAAGAUGAGAGUGUACGUAUACAAACAUACCACAAAUAGGUUUCAUUUCAAAGCUUAAUGCAUAUCAAUGAUCAGCUGCUUAUUGCAAGUCAAGAUAUGAAUGACGCGUCAAUUGUACCAAACACAAUCUUUGUGAAUCAUUUAAAAAUGCGUCAAUUAUUAUACUCGAGUUUAACACAAACAUAAAAUCCCUGCAAGACUUUUAUAGAUUUUGAUGGUUACUUGAUUAUCUUUUGUAUAUGUAUAUAUACUAAGAUUAAACAGUGAAAAACAAAGAAUGCAAACCGCAAGCGUUUGCUCUACCUACUCGGAAGGUAUAUGUACCUAUAUGUAUAAUAAUAUUAAAAGUAAGGUCGUCAUGUAAGUAGUAUCAGUUUCUAGAAAAUUUUUAACACAGAAAAUUCAAAUGGACCCAAAAUUAUGUAGAUUUCAAUUGAGUAUUGGGUCUUUUGACUUUAUAACAAAAAUCAAAUGGGAUUAUUUAGAUUCAAAAAUGGUUGUUCUGUGUGCAACGGGUAAGGUAAAAUUACGUAAAGUAUCCCUUCGAUGCUGUCCAAUGUGUAUAUACAUUUAUGCCGUUUUGUACAGUAGCAACAUGUAUGCAAAGACUACUAAAAAGUAAUUAAGUAAGGCCUAAUUCUUGGAAAGUUGUUCAGGGCGCAAUAAGUGAAAAUAUUUGUCAAACGAUUUUCAAAAUAUGCGAUGUAGAGGAAAUGUACAGUUUGUAUUAAAUUAUCAUUGACGUUUAAAAA